UCUGUACCUGUCUGAACAGGGAGAGUCGGAGCGCUGCAGAGGAAAGAAAGAAAAAGAAAAGAAUCAAGAGAAGGAGAGUAGGAGGAACAUAAGGCGCACAUUUAAAGAGCACAAACCGGGUAGAGGUGUGUUUGAGACAUUUCCAGAAAGAACACAGGGCGAAGGUUUAUCGAGAUCUCAAGGCUCCAAGUUGUGCUGUUUUUCUGAUCCCUGCUGGACUGUUUUACAACUUUCUGAGACCAGUGGCUAUUUUUGGUCUGUGAGUGUUGGAGCGGUUUGGGAUGGAUGCCAUCAUGCUGCAAGAAAAAUUGGUGGAACGGCUGCUGUGCCCACGAGUGAGAACCGCCAGGCAGAAGGAGAAACAGUAUGUGGGUUUUGCCACUCUGCCAAACCAGGUCCACAGGAAGUCUGUGAAGAAAGGCUUCGAUUUCACACUGAUGGUGGCAGGAGAGUCUGGGAUGGGCAAAUCCACUCUGGUCAACAGCCUGUUCCUCACCGACCUCUACAAAGACAGGAAGUUACUGAAUGCUGAAGAGCGGAUAAACCAGACUGUGGAGAUCAUCAAACACACUGUGGACAUCGAGGAGAAAGGAGUCAAGCUCAAGCUGACCAUCGUCGACACGCCGGGGUUCGGAGACGCCGUCAACAACAACGAGUGCUGGAAGCCAAUCACUGACUACAUAGAUCAGCAGUUUGAGCAAUACUUCAGGGAUGAGAGCGGACUGAACAGAAAGAACAUCCAGGACAACAGAGUCCACUGUUGCCUCUACUUCAUCCCUCCAUUUGGGCACGGACUGCGUCCGGUUGAUGUCGAGUUCAUGAAGGCUCUACAUGAAAAAGUUAACAUAAUCCCACUCAUCGCGAAAGCCGACUGCCUCACGCCCAACGAGAUAAAGAAGCUCAAAGACAGAAUACGAGAGGAAAUAGACAAGUUUGGGAUUAAGGUGUACCAGUUCCCUGAAUGCGACUCUGAUGAGGAUGAAGAGUUUAAACAGCUUGACAAAGAGCUGAAGGAGUGCACCCCCUUCGCUGUGAUCGGCAGUAACACUGUGGUGGAGGCGCGGGGGCAGAGAGUGAGAGGGAGGCUGUACCCAUGGGGGAUCGUUGAAGUGGAAAACCAGUCGCACUGUGACUUUGUGAAACUGAGGAACAUGCUGAUUCGCUCACACAUGCACGACCUUAAAGACGUGACCUGCGACGUGCACUACGAAAACUACAGAGCGCAGUGCAUACAGGAGAUGACCAGUAAACUGGCUCAGGACAACCGAAUGGAGAGUCCCAUCCCCAUCCUGCCACUGUCCACACCGGAUGUAGAGACUGAGAAACUUAUCAAGCUAAAAGAUGAGGAGCUGAAGAGGAUGCAGGAAAUGCUGAAUAAGAUGCAGCAGCAGAUGCACGACAAAGAGCAGUGAUGUCUGUGCUGCAGCGCCACCUGCUGUUUCUCCCCCGAACUGCAGGGAGACCUGCAGACUUUGAACAUGGAAAUCUCGUGUUAUUGGCAGCUCCGGCUGUACGUGUAUCCUCAGUUUGGUGCUUUGUAUAGUUUGUCUGCCUGGACGGUUGUUUGUCAGAGGGCGUUUUUUGUCUCUGAAACUCUCCGUUUGUCCACCUUGAGCCUCUUGCUGUGGUUUAACAGUCUUAACAUACAGUAUAUAAUAUAAUUGCGUAAUUUCAAUUACUACUCUCUGUAUCUAAUUUAUAAAUGCAAUGCUAAACUUUUUGGAUAUUUUGUCAGGGUAUGAUGUUUUGUAAAGAAAUGUAGGUUGUUGGUGAUGUUAACAUUUGAUGAAUAUUGUUUUUAUUAUAUAUGUGUGUGUGUGUGUGUGUGUGUGUGUGUGUGUGUGUGUGUGUGUGUGUGUGUGUGUGUGUGUGUGUGUGUGUGUGUGUGUGUGUGUGUGUGUGUGUGUGUGUGUGUGUGUGUGUGUGUGAUACAUUUCAUGAUAUUUCCUCCAGUUGUCCGUCCAUAUAACUCCCUUUUAACCACGUUGGGUCUUAUUCUUUUUUUUUUUUUAAAUCCAACUUUUUCUCUUGUUAUUUUGCUCUCUGAUCCCCAUAAAUGUCUUUCCUGUGACAUUUAUCACAUAUGGCAAGUCAACAUAUCUUUGAUUGAAAAUGCACUUAUUGCCAGUAGCUAUCUGUGAAUGGAGGAUAAAGCCUUUGACAUAAUGAGAGGGUCGGUGCAGUUCAGGGUGCAUGUGCAAGCAUGUUGCCAUUACUCAUAUCCGCUAAAGGCUGUGGGCAUAUUUCUCCUGCUUUAUAGCCGAUGCUUGUAUUAAAAUACAUAAGUAUGCUUUGUUGCCGUUACGGUAAAAAAUAGACCAAUAAUAACAUAAAAUUAUAAAGAGGAGCAGCUGCUGUUUGUGCUUCUGUUUAAAAUCUCUCUGAUUGAAAGUGAGUUGAUGCAUUCUGCUAGUGAAGAUGUGUAUCCUAUGUGUGAGUGUUUUUGUGCGAGUGUGUGUGUGUGGGCUGAUGCUGAGAAACAGUACAUAUUUUGCCUGAAUGCUGUAAGCUCAGCCUGUGCCCCAUUUAUAAAAGUGUGACAAAUAAACUUUAGUUUCUCGUCAA